UGCCACACCACCCACCAAUCAAUGCCACACCACCACGAGUGCAUACCGAGCCUCUACCGACAGAGCCCACGAUGUGGAUCCGGGUCGCGGCCACGGCUCCAGCCAUCGCGGGAGCCUGCAGCCACCCACCGCCUUCACUCCCCGCUCUGCUCGAGGCUACACGGGGGACCUUUGUCUGUGUGCGCGUGCGUGCUGCUCCGAUCCCAAUCCGGAUUCUCUCUCCACCGUCGCCUGCACCGCCUCGUCCGUCUCCUCGCGCGAGCCUCCCGACACUUCACGUGGCAGCCUCGAAGUGCACCUAGCCUGGCACGGGCGCCGUGGUGACGUCGCCGCCCGCCACUUGCCGUACGUCGGUAAGGUCACCUCGUCGCUCCGCGGUCCCUCCUCUUCACUCCUCGCGGUCGCCAUGGACGACCCCCCCAGUUCCUCCCCUCCGGAGGCUCCCCCCGCGCCAGGGGUGUCGGCCGUGGCGCUGUGGACGUGCGUGGCCGUCGCGUCUCCCGUCCUGCUCACGCUCCUCUACCGCCUCUACCGCCUCUACCGCAGCCGCUGGCCCCCGCGGGGACACGCGGGCCUCCACGCGGCACCGCGGCGGCGGCGGCAACAGCCGAGGUGGAGGCGACGGCCGCCAUCGCCGCCGGCGGUGGGAGGCAAGGAGAAGGAUGAGGGGGAGAAGCCGGCGACGACGGAGGAGGAGGCGUGGGAAGAGGAGGAGGAGGACGAGGACUGUCGGCACUCGUGGGACGAGGUGGAGCUGUUUGGCCGCCCGGCCUUCUGCUGCGUGUGCACGCAGUCCGCCCUGCUGCACGUCUCCUGCUGCCACACCUGUGGACUCUGUGCCCACGGACCCUGCGUGGCCACGGCCGAGGCCACCCUGCGCUGCAAGGCGAGGUGCUCCCCGGCUCCCGGUGGCCGCAUGCACCACCUGUGGGUGUGUGGCUCGGUGCCGCUGUGCUCCGCGUGCUCCGUGUGCGGCGCGCCGUGCGGCGCCGAGCCGCGGCUGUGCGACGCUCGCUGUGCCUGGUGCCAGCGCUGCGUGCACGACGCUUGCCGGCCACGCGGCGAGGGCGACGAGGAGGGCGACGAGGAGGGCGACGAGGAGGGCGACGAGGAGGAUGACGAUGUGUGCGACCUGGGUCCGCUACGCGGAGUCAUCAUCCCGCCACCGACCCUACACGCGGCGCUACGGCAGGCCGCCGCCCUGCCGUGCGUGGACGCCACCUGGACCCCGCUGCUGGUGCUCGUCAACCGGCGCAGCGGUGACGGCGCCGCUCAGCUCCUCCUGCGCCAGCUGCGUGGCCUCCUCAACCCCGUGCAGGUGGUGGACAUGAGCGAGGAGUCACCGGAGGAGGCGCUGGCGCUGUGUGCGCUCUUCCCCAAGCACUCCCCGCGUGUGCUCGUGUGCGGUGGGGACGGCACCGUCGGCUGGGCGCUCGACGCCAUCGACCGCCUCCUGGAGCAGGACGAGCGGGUGGCGCGCCCCCCCGUGGCGGUGCUGCCGCUGGGCACCGGCAACGACCUGGCACGCUCGCUGGGCUGGCGCGAGGGAUUCCCGGGGGACGGCGCCCUGGAGGAGCGGCUCGGAGACGUGCGGAGAGCUGAGACGCGCACGCUGGACAGGUGGAGGGUCCAGGUCACGAAUCGUGGCUACAAGGUGUUCCGCAAGCUCACCAAGAGCCUGUCCAUGAACAACUACUUCUCGGUGGGACCAGAUGCUCUCAUGGCGCUGAAUUUCCACCGGCACCGUGAGAGCAAGCCGGCUCUCUUCACCAGUCGCCACGUCAACAAGGCUGUUUACUUCUUUUAUGGGACCAAGGACUGCCUGGUGCAGGAGUGCAGGAACCUGGACAAGAUGAUCGAGCUGGAGCUGGACGGGCGGCGUGUGUCCCUGCCCCCGCUGGAGGGAGUCAUCGUCCUCAACAUCGCUCACUGGGGGGGCGGCUGCCGCCUCUGGGAGGGCACCGGGGACCCACCCUGCCCACCCGCACGGCAGGACGACGGUAAGCUGGAGGUGGUGGGUGUCUAUGGCUCCUUCCACCUGGCGCAGCUGCAGGUGAAGUUGGCCAACCCCCUGCGCCUGGGGCAGGCGCACAGCGUCAAGCUGACGCUGCACGAGGGGCAGAUGCCGAUGCAGGUGGACGGGGAGCCCUGGUCACAGGGCCCCUGCUCGGUCCUCAUCACCUACAAGACCGGCGCGCUGGUGCUGGCGCGGCCCGGCACGGAGCCCGGCACGGAGCCCGGCACGGAGCCCGGCACGGAGCCCGGCACGGAGCCCGGCACGGAGCCCGGCACGGAGCCCGGCACGGAGCCCGGCACGGAGCCCGGCACGGAGCCCGGCACGGAGCCCGGGACGGAGCCCGGCACGGAGCCCGGCAGGGAAACCGACAGCCAGUGA